AUGGAAGACGCUGUCGUCUUUGAAGGUCAAAGUUCGGAUUCCAUGAUGAUCUCCACAGUUGAUAUUGAAAAUCACUCAGCGUAUUCGGAUUCGGACACUGAUUAUUAUGACGGUGACACGGGAUUUGACACCGAAAGAGAAGAGCAAUUCACUGAAACCAUUACCUCAGCACUGUCAAUGCACUGUCAUGAAAAUACAACUCAGCAGAGAAGUAUAGCAGUAGUAAGAUGCGCUGCACAUACAUUACAAUUAGCUGUACUAGAUGCUUGCGAUGGUGCUGAUAUUAAGCAAGUGAUUGACGAUGCUCGACAAACUGCUAAAAAGUUACGGACACAAAUACACUCUAAUAUUAUAUCCAAAUCGGGAAAAAAUCAACCUAUUCUUGAUAGUCCUACAAGAUGGAAUUCAACUGUGGAUAUGAUUCAGAGAUUAAUAGACCUCAAAGAAAUUUGUGAAAAUUCCGUUGAUUCCAGCUUACACCUGACGGAAACUUUUUGGAAUUCAUUAAAGAAUUAUAUGGAUUCUUUGUUGCCUGCUAAAGAACUAUCAAAAAUAUUACAACAGGAGCAGCUAACAAUCAGUGACUUUUAUUUACAUUGGUUGUUGUGCAAAAUUAAGUUAAAAACCAUUGCUACGGACUUGAGCAUUUUGUUAGUAAGUUAUAUGGAAAAUAGGGAAAACAUGUUACUUAACAACGACGCAUUUAUUUGUGCUAUUUUUUUGGAUGGUAGAAUCAAUGCAACACUGGCUGAACAUCAGCAACUUAAUGCAAAAAGAAAACUGUUAGAUUUACAUCUUCAUUUGCAAUAUUUGAACACUGACAAAGAAAAUUUGCCUCCUUCUUCUUCUACGUCUGAUUCACAAACAGAAACAGAUAGUGCUCGAACUUUGUUAGAAGAUUUUCUUAGCACAAAGUAUGUGGAGGCUCAAAGUGAUAUUCAGAACCUUAUAAGACUAGGAACUGAUAACAUGCGCCCACAUGGAUUCAAAAACUUGGAUGACGAAAUUGCUAUGUUUCUUAAGGAACCUCUUCUUAAGUCGACAGAAAACAUAUUAAAUCACUGGGGGUCGAAAAAAAAACACUUAUCCUCGUCUCUAUAA